AGAAUCAUUCGAAGAGGAAGUCAUCAAAUGCUUUCGACUUUGCUGCCCAAACAAAAAAGAGGUGUGUCCCAAGAAAGCCAACAAACCUUUGACAAAAAGCCAAAAGAAGAAAGCAAAGAAAAGACUAAAAAAGAGUAUGGCAACAGAUAAUGAAGAUGAUGAGGAUGAUUUUCCUCUUUGAUCAAUUGCUGCUUUGGAGUAGCAGUUUUAGUGUUUCAGUUUUAGCUAACAGUUUCAUGCAACCUCGUUCACAAUCUAACUCAGCUUUCAACAAAAUCUUGAUCAACCAAGGCCAUAGAACUUUAGUCUAUUUCCCUUGUACACCCUCGGUAUCCUUUGAACAGUGCUUUAGCAGAUCCUUUGCUUUGUUUCAUUGUCCCCCCUCAUGUUUGUUCCCUUGUCAAACUGGCUGGGUAUGGCUAUCUUCAGAGAAGGGGAUUUAAUUUCAUUAUUAUUAGAAUUAUUUGAACCUAGUCUGGUGAAGAGAAGUGUACAGAUCUGCUGAUUUUACAAUUUACUAUGACAAAUAGGGCAAGAUAAGCCUUAAACGCAGGUCAGGACCAGUCGCCUUAGCUCAAGCAUUGGAUAAUCUACAGCCCUAUUCUCUGGGCAGUGAAGGAAUCUACAGCAGAAUGUGUAAACCAGUAGGCUUUUUAUUUGCAUUUAACUCCAAGAGAAUAUUGACAAACAAAGUGUGGGUGUCAAGUAGCCUGCUCUUUACUCCUUGUCUUCUAUUGCUUUGUUUCCUUCUUUUUUUAGUCCCUUUUACUUUUUUGCUUUGGCCUAAAUGUUGGGGACGGCCACCCACUACUCUUGUACUUUUUCUUUCUUUUAAUAAAACAUUCUCUUUAAUAUAUAUAUAUAUAUAUAUAUAUAUAUAUAUAUAUAUAUAGGGGUGAGAUCAUGUGAGAAAGGCCCCUAGUGAAAGAAAUAAGAAUGAUGGAGAGCCCUUGGAUUUGGAGGAAUGGAUGGCUGUGAUUGUUUAAUCAUUUAUUAAUUAAUGGUGGGCUACACAUGUCCAGCACGUAUUCCUCAAGAGAUGUAAAAGGAAUGUACUGAAGGCACAAGAUAGCACUCCACGAAGGAGAAGCGGAAGGUUGCAGAGCGUUAUGUUCAGGAUGAGGAACAAGCUGCGUGGGGGACCUGAGAGAAUUGAUCUUGUUAGUCAAGAAUCUAACCAAAGUGGGGGGUCUGCUGAAGUUGAAGGGCUUAGGGAUGAAGCAGACAAAGGAAUGACAGAGAUCCCAAAAAAUGCUGAGAAUAUGCAAGCUAGGCAGGUUGCAGAUGAUGCAGAUGGGGUGAAAACAAUGCAGCCCCAUCAAGUAUGGAGAGUGAUGGUGACGCAGAGGGCACUGAUGAGCAGGAUGGGGAUUAUGGGGAGGAUGGAGAAGGCAUUGGGACCAGAUGAGGAUGAAUCAGAAGAUUGCGAGGGGGGAGAGGACAGAGAUGAGGAAGAAAUUGCUGGAGUGCAAGAUGAAUAUAGUAGUGAGCAGGUUGCAUCGGUGAAACGGACAACGCCAUUAGCAUUUGGUAAGAGUGUCCAACAUUCACAUGAAAGAUCAAGUCAGCGUAUUAAGCGGGGGAGGGAGAGAUUACAAGUGAGGAAAAAAGGGAGGACUGGAAAGAAGAAAUUGGCAGAUAUCAAGGCGCCGUAUGGGUCCUUGAAGACAAGGUCGACACCCCAUGUUUUAAUGAACGCAAUAGAGCGGAUGAAUGAUGAUCAACGUGCCGCUGUUGAAAGGAUUGGGUUUGGGUCAGUUUUAAAGCUUGAUAUUUGGGAGUUGCCAUCAAGGUUGGGACUCUGGGUCGUAUCAAACUAUGAUGCUAGGAGCAGCUGUCUGAAACUUCCAGACAAUACAAAGAUGCACAUAACUGCUGAGGAUGUUAAUACCGUCUUGGGGUGGCCAAUUGGUGGAGAGCGCAUUCAAAAUAACAAACGUAAUAAGGACAAGUUGUUGGUGAAUGAGUGGAGGCUUAAGAUUGAUACUACGGGCAUUAAGAUCACCCCACAUGAUGUUGUGGAGAAGAUGUUGCAAUGCACAGAUGGGGGGGAGUGGUUUGUGAGACAUUUUGUGACACUUAUUAUGUCGGUACUUGUGGACAGCACAUCACAUGGUUAUGUGAAUGCCCUGGUGAUGGACCAUCUGAGAGCUGUGGGGAGAGUUCCUAAAUUGAAUUGGUGUCAAUAUGUUCUCGACAAGCUGAUUGAGAACAAGCUAAGGUGGGAAAAGAAAAAGAAGCAGCUUUUCGGUGGUCCAGUGCUCUUUCUGAUGGUGUUCUACGUUGAUCGUGUUUCUGAUUUCUCAAGAACAGUUCCUAGGACAUAUCCAGCAGUGUUGGCUUGGAGUGGAAAGGAACUGCGAAAGAGAGAGAACAAUGAGGCCGUUGAAGGGGGAUUUGGUUUAGGCCAUGAUGAAGGACGUAUGAGUCGUGAGAUGCGAGAGGAGGUGAAUAGAGAGCUGAUUGAGAGAGAAAGGAAGGCUACAGAGGAGAGGGAUAUUACAGAGCAUGAAAAUGUAAUCAUUGAAGAUUCAAAAGAGAGCAGUCCUGAGCUUUUGGCAGCGGUUGAUGAGGCGGAAAAGGAAGCAGAAAUGCGGAAGAAGUAUGAGGAAUUUAUAAAUGAUGUGCCUUCUUUCAGUCUAGGGAUGACACAGGUUCUUGAAGAAGAAGGUGGGAUGACACAUGAGAUGCAGAAGAGCAGUGAGGUGAAUGAAGAGAUGACGCCAGCAAACAUCAGUCAUGCUGAUCCUCACAACACCCCGAACAUGGCUGGUCCUAUGGACACUGGGAACAUAGAACUUGAGCAGAACAAAGAUAUAGAGCAGAGUGAAGGGAUGAUUGGUGCAGAAUGUGAUGCAGUGCAGAACAAUGAAGAUUUGAACAAUGAGAUGGAGGAGACUAAUGAAGAGAGAAGAGAUGAAAGAGGAGGUGGGCUGAAAAGGGAAUUUGAUGAGGAUGUGCAAUACGCAAGAAAUGAAAGGGCAAGAAGAAAGACCAAGAAAUCUUUGACGUUGAAGUCACCUUACCUGACACGGGUGAUUGAUCCAAGAGAUAAUGUGAACACAUUUGAGAAGAAUCUUUGGAAGUGGGUUGUAAGAAAGCAUGAUGCUGACAGAGAUUCGACUGCUGUAUUCGAUUAUGGUGUGAUUACAAUGCGGCACAUGGAGACGUACACAGGGCAGGCUUUGAAGCAGUGGGAAUGUGGCUUGAAAAAGGGGGAUGAGAGGGCGGUGAAUGCACUUCGUACAAAGUAUUGUGCUGCGAUAGUCGAAUCAGAUAUCAACGAGGUUAAGGACAAGAUAAGGCAGCUGGUGAAGCACUCGAGUGGUUGAAGACUACAUGACUUGAUUACAAAUUCAUGUUUCUGAUGCACGACUUUUUCAUGGGGAUUAUGAUCUAUUCUGUUUUUUUUCUAGAAUUGUCAAUUUCGUAUCCUUUUGAGAUUUGGUUUCAUGGAGCAACCCUUGAGUGAGUCGUUGCUGGCUUGUUCGUUUU